AUGGCGCGCCUUCACAUCACGGCUCUGUUAUCACCCGACCAGGAAGAGCAACUAUCCGCUCUACGGACUCUGAAGAAUGAAAUCGUCGGGCACGAUCAGAAAAAGGAGAAGUGGGUCGAGAACGGGAUCAUCGAGCCUGUCGUUAAAAUCUUGGAAUCCAGCAGAUCUUCUCCAAGCACAAAUGGAAAGGACAGCAGUCGAGGUCGCAUACCGCCCUCGAGACCUUUGACCGGCGAGGAAUCGGUGCGGUUGCAAGCACUCCAGAUUCUUGCCAGCCUUGCAAACGGUGGCUUUGCUUUCCUGGCUCCCAUACUCGCAGCUGGCGCCUUGUCCGCCAUAUUAUCGAACAUACCUCCAGUCGACAACCCACCUCGGGUCGUUGUCGCAGCCCUAAGAGCUGCUGUGAAUAUUGCUGAAGCCUCGACUCUGGCUCCACCCACCUCCGCUACAGACAUCGCUGAUCUGGCAGGUGUUGCCUUUGUGCCGGUACUCCUCGAUGCCUUCUGCGACAUUUUGACGAAUCCCGGAACAAACCAAACCGUACAAACUCAAAAGAAUCUGGCGGCAAGGCUCAUCGGUCUGCUAUGCCGAGAAGAGCGCUCCCGGGUUGAUCUAACGAAUCACGGCAUACUAGAAGCUUUGGCAACGAACCUGGCAGCUGCAGUCGUAGCCCGGGGAUUCGUGGUUCCCGGCGCAGAGACUGUUGCUCGAAGUGAAGGGGUGUUGGACCUGAUCCCUAGCCCAGCUGUUCCGAGCACGGAUGUAACCGCCAUCUUGGAAGCGUUAUCUGCCAUAGUAGGGGACUCCCGCUGGAGGGCCUCCGUCUUCGUCUAUGCCCCAGCCUUGGUCGCUGUGUUUCCCCAUCCUGGGUCGCCGCGGCGGUCAAAGGGCAUGAAAGCAUGCGUCAACUCAUUUGAGGUUGCUGGAUUGAGCAAUACAGCGUCGAAAGACCUCGGCGCCUUGGACUGCUUCCUUCCUGUGGUGCCGGAAUACCAAGCAAAGGGCACAGGAGUAUCUUCCUUCCCACCGCUAGGGUCGCCUCCGUCGAGAGAUUAUCUGGCUUCCUCAAAAGCACCGUCCAUCAAAUGGAUUGCUUCAUCUUUGAACUGGGACACAACCCAGGCUGAUACAGCUGGAGCAAAUGCAGAGGGUGUCGUCGAAGAGACAGAGAGCGCUUUAAUACCGUGGUUGAUAUACACGGUCCGGUCGGCCCAGGGCAUGGAGAGGAUCAUGGCUGCAUCAGUGCUCACAUCGCUCCACAGGGCCGGCCUUUCCAACAAGUCCAGGGAGGCCUACAUGGGUCACUUAAUCGUGCCGAUACUGCUUCAAACCCUGGAAGACAUUGGUAUCACCUGUGGUGCUGCCUCUGAAGCAACCUUUGUUGAUUCCAAGACUGCCGGCAACUGGUCCAUUGUCGAACGCAGCCUGGCGAUUCUGGCAAGAUUGAUUGUUGACAGCGAGUUCCUCCAGAAAUGUGCAUUUGAUUGCGACGGUAUGAAGAUCGUCAGCAGUUAUCUGAAGAGUGCCUACGAACCUUUGACAAGCAAGUCGUCCAAAGCAUGGAGCCCAAAUGCUGGGAGUGAGAGUACGGGAGAGCGUGAGAUCGGGUUACCGACAAGCCGCCUCGGCCCUGCGGGACAGCUGCCUCUUCAGGUUCAUCGCACGCGUGUGAGGGAGAAUGCUCUGAAAGCUGUUGCCGGAUUAGCAGCGAGCAAGGACGACUACCGCAAGGCUCUCGUGGAACAAGAUAUAGUGCCGUACGUCGUGGAGUCGCUCUCGCCGAAUCCAUCCAACCCCAAGAAUAAGGAGCGUCCAAAAUCGCCCAAGCAACUUUCAGUGGGGGGUGGUGGGUAUGAUGCAGCAUAUGGAGUCAACCCUAUCACUGUCAUCGUCGCAGCAUGCCACGCCUUGCGCAUGCUCGCAAGGAGCGUGAGCAUUCUUCGGACCACCCUUGAAGAUAACGCGGUCGCUACUCCAGCAUUUCGCCUUCUACGCCAUCCGGACAUCGAUAUCCAAAUUGCGGCGUCUGCCCUGAUGUGUAAUCUCGUCACUGACGUCGCACCAAUGAGAGAAUAUCUCAAUAGCGUUGGUGUCAUGAGGAUCCUCUGUGAGCAGACGCGAUCUCAGAAUCCGGCUUUGCGUCUGAACGCGCUAUGGGCUCUCAAGAACUGGAUCAAUGGCGUGGGUAUGGAUGCGAAGAAGGAAUGUGUCGAAGAGCUCUCCGCAGGCUGGCUGGUUCACUUGAUCUGCGACGAUACUGAAGACGACGCGCUGUACGAGCGCACGACAAAGUCCAAAAAGCAAGCUGCAAACGACAUGGACGAGGACGUGGAGAUGGCCCAGGCUGGCGAGGAACGCUCAAACUCCGGUUCAGCACUACCCGACACGUCCAUAUUACCAACGAGCGAUGAACAAGGUCGCACGCCAAGGCUGCGCCAGGCCGAGCGGAAGAUUGCAGAGCUUCGCGACACAGAGCUGAGUUUAACGCGUAAAGUCCGCGACGACGAUCUUGCGGUGCAGGAGCAGGGACUCAACUUCGUACGGAACCUCAUAGGGCCCGCAACGUCAGCAACCGACUCGGCUAGAGAUCAUGCAGACAUGAUCGACUAUCUCUUCAACAUCCUCGGCCAAGACCGCUUCUUCGAUAUCUUACACUCGAAGCUACAGCUCAAGUACCUUCACCCCUUCGGCCGGCGGUACUCGAUGAGCCGUGAACCCCGUGUCCUCUACCCCCAGGCUCGCAUCGUCUCGGCAGUCGUAUAUAUCCUGGUGCACAUGGCAGCCAGCGUGCCCCGCCACCGACAGGUGCUGAUCUCACAGACCAAGCUGCUCUCAGACCUGGGCAAGCAGUUCCACAGCAAGGACAAGGAUGUCCGCGUGGCGCUCUGCCACCUCAUGACCAACCUGACAUGGCGCGAUGACCCGGAUGACGAGGAUAGCAGCCGUCAGCGGGCUGGGGAGUUGAAGAAGCUCGGCCUGCUAACCAAGCUGGAGACUCUUGAGAGCGACGACGGGGAGCUGGACGUGAGGGAGAGGGCUAAGGCAGCGAUCUGGCAGAUCAGCCAGCCUAGAGGUUUUUAG